AUGUGCGACAUGUCAUCAGUCACUUCCACAACUUUUUUUCCACACCAUCACACAGCCCUCCUCCACUACUCUCCACUACCCUACUACGUCUCUUCUCUCUGUCUAUUUAUUUUUAUUUUUUUUCUCCAGCAUGGUCCAUCGACGUCCUGGGCCAGCGGUCGUGCGCGCACCGCUCUUCUCGCACCGAUGCCCUCGCGAUUUUUUUUUCCACUUGCAAUUCCCAUCUUUCUUCUCAUCCCCAAAAUGGCCGCCAUCGACUACCUUCUCUUUGAAGAGGCCACAGGCUAUGCCAUCUUCAAAGUUCUCAUCCAGCAGGAUGACAUUGCUGCCAGAAUGCAGGAAGUGCAAGAGGCGUCCAACGACUUGGGCAAGUUUUCCAAGAUGAUUGAACUUGUGUCUUUUGCGCCUUUCAAGGGAGCCGCCCAAGCGUUGGAAAACGCCAACGACAUUUCCGAAGGCUUGGUUUCCGACUACCUCAAGUCCGUGUUGGAGUUGAACUUGCCCAAGCCGGCCAAGAAGGAAAGAAUCACCUUGGGUGUCAGUGAUAAGAACUUGGGUCCUUCCAUCAAGGAGAUUUUCCCUUACGUCGACUGCUUGUCCAACGAGGUUGUGCAAGACUUUUUGCGUGGUAUCCGUGUGCACGGCUUCAAGCUCUUGAAGGAGUUGCAGGCGGGCGACAUUGAAAGAGCCCAGUUGGGUUUGGGCCACGCUUUCUCCAGAGCCAAGGUUAAGUUUUCUGUGCAAAAGAACGACAACCACAUCAUCCAGGCCAUUGCCCUUUUGGACCAGUUGGACAAGGACAUCAACACCUUCUCCAUGAGAGUCAAGGAGUGGUACGGCUGGCACUUCCCUGAGUUGGCCAAGAUCGUUCCUGACAACUACACUUUUGCCAAGUUGGCCUUGUUCAUCAAGGACAAGGCAUCGUUGACUGACGAGUCGCUCCACGACAUUGCCGCUUUGCUCAACGAGGACUCCGGCGUUGCCCAAAGAGUGAUUGACAAUGCCAAGAUCUCCAUGGGCCAGGACAUUUCCGAACUAGAUAUGCUCAACGUGGCCACUUUUGCCGAACGUGUUGUCUCCAUCUCCGAGUACCGCCAGCAAUUGUCCCAGUACUUGAGCGACAAGAUGCACACCGUCGCCCCCAACUUGUCCACCUUGAUUGGUGACGUUGUUGGUGCCAGAUUGAUUUCUCACGCCGGUUCUUUGACCAACUUGUCGAAGCAAGCUGCUUCGACCGUGCAAAUCUUGGGUGCCGAAAAGGCCCUUUUCAGAGCUUUGAAGACCAAGGGAAACACACCAAAGUACGGUUUGAUCUACCACUCUUCUUUCAUUGGCAAGGCUUCCACUAAGAACAAGGGUAGAAUCUCCAGAUACUUGGCCAACAAGUGUUCUAUUGCCUCUAGAAUCGACAACUACUCCGACGAGCCAUCCACCGCUUUCGGUCAAAUCUUGAAGAAGCAAGUUGAGGACAGAUUGAAGUUCUACGACACUGGUGCUGCUCCUAUGAAGAACUCUGAUGCUAUCAAGGAAGCCUUGGCUUUGGCCGGCGACUUGGCUGAUGACAUGGAUGUGGAGCCAGCAACCGAAAAGAAGGAAAAGAAGGAGAAGAAGGAGAAGAAGGACAAGGCUGAAAAGGCUGAAAAGGCUGACAAGUCUGAGAAGUCCGACAAGUCUGAGAAAUCUGAGAAGAAGGACAAGAAGGAAAAGAAGGACAAGAAAGAAAAGAAAGAAAAGAAGGAGAAGAAGAGAAAGGCCGACGACGACGAGGCCCCAAAGAAGAAGAAGAAGAAGUCCAAGGACUAA